GUUUGUCUCCUUUUCACGUAGCCACCAGGUGGGGUCCAGCCGUGCUGAUCACAUCUCGUGAGCCUCGGUUGUACACCACCGAGUUUGGUGGUUGUGGAGCGAAUGAGAAAUUCUAUUGAGAGUGCAAGCCACGGAUGGUCCACUGCGUAGCACCCAUCUCCUUUGCAGUCGCAAGGCCUCUAUGAUAAUCAAUCUACGAAGUUGUUAGACCUUCAAGCAUCCAGAUGUCGUCCUGGGAGAAUCGAGUAAUUGCCAUUACUGGAGCUGCCUCUGGAAUCGCUUUGGCAACCGCGAAAUUGCUUGCAAGCCGGGGUGCGCAACUCUCCCUCGCAGAUCUACAACGUGCCAGCCUAGAAACCGUUGCCGACGAUAUUGCUAAAUUAUACGGAAAACGACCGUUGACACACGCCCUAGACGUCCGGAACCCUGAGGCCGUAGAAGAUUGGAUCUCUCAGACCGUCCGCCACUAUGGUCGCCUGGACGGAGCUGCCAACUUGGCCGGGGUCAUUCCAAAGUCCAUAGGGUUGAAAGGCAUUGAUGAGCAAGACCUUGAGGAGUGGAGUUUUGUCAUCGGCGUGAAUCUCACGGGUGUCAUGCUGUGCAUGAGAGCUCAACUGAAGCAUAUCGCUGAAGGUGGCAGUAUUGUCAAUGCGUCCAGCAUGGCGGGAAUCAGUGGGCGAGCGAACAACGCUGCUUAUACUGCCAGCAAGCAUGGUGUGAUUGGACUAACAAGAGCAGGAGCGAAAGAGGUCGGAGCCAAGAAUAUCAGGGUGAAUGCUAUAUGCCCUGGCUCGAUUGAGACGCCUAUGGUUGCGACUGCAAGACAAAUCUCUGGUGACAGGGAGGGAACGGUCCUGACGGAGAGUUCAGCACUCAAAGAGGUUGCCUUGGGAAGAACUGGUCAACCCGAAGAGGUCGCGUCUCUGAUCGCCUUCCUACUUUCCCCAGAAUCUAGUUACAUUACCGGUACAGCAUCUCAGAUCGACGGGGGCUGGAUUUGUUAGUCAAAAUCACGGAGUCGGGCCAGGGACCAAGGAAAAUUCACUAUCUGCUUUGCGACAAAAACAGCCAUUACGCAUGCUAUAUUUUUGUGUAGCCUUGCCUUUGUGCAUAGACAAAUCAUAAGAGUCUUACAACUUGGUCGAGCACGGAGUAUAUACGAAGCACGUAUGUAAUCAGAG